AUGUCUUCCUUCGAAACUACGCGUCCUUCCGGCUACAUGUCCGACACAGGCAGUGAAGGCCAAGCUUCCGGUGGCCGCAAGAUCUCGAGCAACAUCGGACCCGUCCCAUCCUCCGUCAACCUCAACCGCCCGGCAGGCAACAUCAUCAAGGGCCCUGUCGACGACAACGGCAAGCCAAAGGAUGCAGCGCUUCUGCUUGGAAUCAAGCUCGACCUCGAGGCAGAGAUUCAUCUGACAGCUCGCAUCCGUGGAGACAUAACGAUUGGGUUGUACUGA